AUGAUGAGCACUUCAAACCGUCCUAUGUACUUCUGCACCCGCCCUACCGGCACCUUGACUCCGCUCAUUGCGAUGGACGACCUGCCCGAUCAUGUCCACAUUCAUGGCGUCCCGCGUACCAUCACUGUCGCGGAGACCCAUGGCAUGACCAGCUGUGGUGUUUCCAUGGCUCGAAAUGAGGCCUGGAUCAUUGAAGACCUCAAUAUCCUUGCGAAUCGUACCUACAUCACCCAGGAAUCCCUUAUUGAGCUCCAGCGUCUGCUCAACAUUAUGAUUACUGACCCAAACACCACCCCGAACCUGCGUGCUGCUGCCCAGAGCUUCAUUUACCGCGGUAUUGACCCGACCAUCCCCAUCGAGGGUAUUCCCAACGGCAACAACAUGGUUGUGGCCCUGUCCAACGCUCCUGUUGCUCAGUCCAACGAUGCAAAUGGUGGAAAUGGUAGCGGCAGUGCCACUGGCAGUGGAAGUGGAAAUGGCAAGCACCACAACAGCAAGAAGGAGUACUGUUCGUACUGGAUCCGCCACGGCGAGUGCGACUACCAGCAGCAGGGUUGCCUCUACAAGCAUGAGAUGCCCACCGACCUGGCCAUGCUAGAGCGUCUGGGUCUUCGCGACAUCCCACGUUGGUAUCGCGAGAAGUUCAAUGUCCACAGUCUCCUGGGCCAGGGUGGCUCUCGUGUUCCGAGCCUGACCAACGAGCAGCAAAGCAAUGUCAAGGCGAUCGAGUACAACCCGCAGAACGCCCCUCAGAGCCCGCCUCAGACCGCCGCGCAUGUUAUCACUGGGGAUAUCGUUGCCCGGGCCGUUACUAGUGUUCAGAAAAUUACCAAUCCUCAGCCUGAUCUCGGCGCUGGAAUGGUGCAGGUUUCCAUUGCUCCUCCCAUUGCUCCAGUUGCUCCUAUUGCUCCUGUUGCCGCUGUUGACUCCAACCAACACCAUGGGCCCCUCUAUGUCCACACUGGACAGCGUGCCGUGAGUGGACCUGCAUUCGCCAGCUCGGCGGCCGGUCCUUGUCAGACGUAUCCUGAUGUUUCCUAUCCUAACGUUGACCACUUGGACAAGUUUGAUCUGCUUACAGACCUUGAUGAGGAGGUGCACACAACCACUUACGAACAUGGCCCUGGUCACAGCAACUAUGGCGGUUACCCUGGUGGCGCUAAUGCGUCGAACACCCGUUUCUUUAACAAUGACGAUCACUACACCCCCACCGCCUCUCAGCCCAAGCAUUGGGAGAAGCGCAACUGGCGCGGCAGGGCUCGCCGUCUGUGGGACAACGAGACCAACUCUUCCAACGGUGGUGUGCAGAUCAAGGAUACUCGUCCCUUCGACCCGUUCCGAUCUCGCCCCUACUACCACCGCCACCGCAAGGUUGGCGCUUCCAUUGACGGCGCUGGGUCCAUUGGCUCUCCCGAGCCUCUGGAGCAUCUCAGCUCCCCCAUCAGCGAGCUAGUUGCCGAUAGCGAGCCCCUUGACCAGAAUGAGGUGUUGCACCACUGGGGUUUGAUCGGUUCUCGUCGCCAGCACUUGAAGCACGAUAGCAAUGCCACGGUAAAGGCUGGGGCUUCAGGCUACUGCCUCGUGAAUGGUUCUACCGCCUCUCAGUAG